CGCGCUUGGUUGUGGGACAAUGCGCUUUUGAUCCAGGUGUUCAUGCUAUGCGGAUAAUUUGAAAUACCGUUUCAUUCUAUUUCACAGCUCAUGUCCUGUCCGUUACAGACCUCCGUUGGUCUGUGUGUCAGUCAGUAGACAGUCAUGGCUGUCACAGCCCUGGUCCUGCUAGUUCUCUCCUCCUCACUGUCACACACUGAGGCCGUCUUGUUUGGUGAGCCCAGGAUCUUUGGAGAUGACGCUACUGGCUACGGUCCAAUAUUUGAAGAGGAGCCUCUGGAUAUCGUCUACACAAAGGAGUCCCCCGACAGACUUAUCUCCAUGAACUGUAGAGCACGGGCCAACCCUGCACCCACAUACAGAUGGAGGCGUGAUAACUGGGAGAUCAAGCUGAUGGAGCUGCCCAAUGAACACUACAGUCUGGUGGGAGGGAACCUCAUCAUAAACAACCCUGAAGAGAAGAAACAUGCAGGGACCUACGUCUGUGUCGCCAAGAACGUGUACGGCACCGUCAUCAGCAAGGAGGCCAAGGUCAAGUUUGGAUACCUGGAGGAGUUCCCAGAUGAAGAGAGAGACCCUGUGACCGUGAAGGAGGGCCAGGGGGCCGUGCUGCUCUGUGCUCCUCCCAAGCGAUGGCCAACUCAGGUGACGUUCCGUUGGAUAUACAACGAGUUUCCGGUCUUCCUCCACCCGGAUAAGCGUCGCUUCGUCUCUCAGAGCACCGGGAAUCUGUACAUCUCCAAGGUGGAGGCGUCAGACGCAGGGAACUACUCCUGCUAUGUGUUCAACCCACAGAUUGGCAAGGGAGUCUACUCCAAGUUUAUCCCUCUCAUAUCUACAGAAGAGAGCCCAGAGAAGAGAUACAAGGCCGACCUCGUAGUGAAGUUCCCUGACACCACAGCUAUGCUCAACUACAACGUCACACUGGAGUGCUUCGCUCUGGGAAAUCCGGCCCCUCAUAUCGUCUGGAGGAAGAUAGGUGCUACCGACCUGCCAGCCAGCGCUCAGGUCAGCAUGUCUGGAGCGCUGCUCCACCUCUACAACGUCCAGUAUGAAGACUCAGCAGGGUACGAGUGUGAGGCCAUCAACCAGAAAUGGCAGGACUGGCAUCAGGCCUGGCUCUAUGUAGAGGCUGCUCCUGAGUGGGCUGUGACCAUCAACAACACCCGGAAGGACGUAGGGUCAGAACACACCAUGUCCUGUGUAGCUAAUGGGAAGCCUAGCCCAUACAUCCGAUGGCUCAAGGAUGGAUACUCGUAUGGUAAAGGUGAGCUGAAGUUCUCCAGUCUGACAUUUGAGGACUCUGGGAUGUACCAGUGUAUCGCUGAGAACUACUGGGGUAUCAUCUACGCCAGCGCUGAGCUACGUGUCAUUGCUUGUGCCCCGACGUUUGAGUUGAACCCAGUGAAGAAGCAUCUUCUAGGAGCUAACAACGGCCGUGUGGUCAUAGAGUGUAAGCCCAGAGCUGCCCCCAGACCCAGGUUCACCUGGACCAAGGGAAAAGAAGUGCUCUUCAACAACUCACGUAUCUCCAUAAUGUUUGAUGGGAGUCUGGAGAUCCUGAAUGCCACCAGGAAUGACGAGGGGGUAUACACCUGCUUAGCUGAGAAUGACAGAGGGAAGGCCAACAGCACAGGGACUCUCACCAUCACAGAGGCGACACAGAUCACAGUAGCCCCAGAGGACACUCAGGUGAUGGUAGGAGAGGAGGUGCAUCUGCAGUGCCAGGCCUCCUUUGACCCCAGUCUGGACAUCACCUUCAUCUGGUCUCUGGAUUUCAGGGUCAUCGACUUCUACCUAGAGUGGAAGCACUAUGAACGCAUCAUGGAUCGUGAGGACAGUGGAGAGCUGAAGAUAAUGAAUGUCCAGUUGAGACACGAGGGACGCUACACUUGUACAGCCCAGACUGCCGUGGACAACGUCACCGCGUCAGCAGACCUCAAGGUCAAAGGUCUUCCUGCUCCUCCCGGUGGGGUGAGGGUUGAGGAGAUCAGGGACACCUCGGUGAAGCUGGUGUGGAACCGAGGGUCCAACCAUGGCAGCCCCAUCCUUGGGUACACCAUCCAGACCAGAGACUUCUACGCACUAACUGAAGUGGACUGGAGGGACGCAUCCACCUCCCCUACGGCCCUGGAUUACAUGUCAGUGAUGGCUGAUGUUGUGGACCUGUACCCCUGGAUGGAGUAUGAGUUCAGGGUCUAUGCUACUAAUGAGUUUGGAGACGGGGAGGCCAGCAUCCCUUCAAUGAAGAUCAAAACCUGGGACGCAGUGCCUGUGGUGGCCCCGACCAACGUUGGAGGCUACGGGGGUAAAGAUGGGGAGUUGAUCAUCACAUGGACACCCGUACAGCCUCAGCACUUCUACGGUAAGAAGUUUGGCUACGUUGUGGCAUUCAAGCCUCAUGAUGAUGUUGACUGGUGGUAUGAGACCAUAUCAGACCCAGAGACACGACGCUACGUCCAUCGAGACUCCUCUUUCAGGGUCAAGUCGAACGACUUCCAGGUCAGGGAGUUCCAGGUGAAGGUGAAGACGUUUAACUCCAAAGGAGAUGGACCCUACAGCCUGUCGACCACUAUCUACUACCCACGAGAUGUCCCCUCUGAGUCUCCUACAGAUGUAUACUCCAGGCCUGUCUCGUCCCAUGAAGCUCUGGUCUGGUGGAUACCAGUCAUGGACACUGGUACCGGCCUUCAGCAGUACAUAGAUGGAUACCAGGUGAAGUACUGGAGGAAGUAUGACGAUACAGAGCCGGGGGCCAAUGGAAGUAUCUUUGUGCCCUCCAUGAACCAGACCAGGCUGGAGAACAUGCUGCCAGUCCACUACCUCAUCGAGGUCAGAGCCUACAAUGGAGCCGGUGUCGGCCCUCCCAGCGAACACUGCGAGAUGUUCACCAGAGACUCAAGUGUGGCUCCCCAAAUGUGGCGUUACAUCAGCUACUCUGGCAAGUGGCUGUACGUGUGGUGGCACCACAUCUCCUACGACUGGUUUGGCAAUGAGUCCUUCCCACUAUAUUAUAAGGUGAUGUUCAGGAAGACUGGCUACAUCACAGGGCCGAUCUACAUGACGGGCUGGCACUUCAUUGACUUCCCCAUGCCCCAGGUAGGGGACUACGAGCUGGAGGUCAGAGGUCGCUAUGAGGGUGGAGACGGCCCCAUCAGGAAGAUCAGGCUUCAGGGUAAGGCGUCUUUCCUGAGACCCACUCUCAGUCUGGCCGCCAUGCUACUGCUGGCCCUGUGCAUCGUGGGAUUGGGGAUAUAGAGACCCAGGACAUGUCUGGGUGGACUGUGGGAGGUUUGACAGAAACAACUCUCACAUCAACUUCCUACAUCUCCUUAAGGACGUCCAAUCUUUCCUGAACCUCUUACUGUCUGUAUGUCUUCCCACAACAAAACAGAGCACCGUGUCACCAUACAGAAAUGACCUGCCGUGCUGUAGAA